CUGCAGUCUGGGGCUGCAGACACCCAGCCGCUCUGAGCUGAACUGACAGCAUGAAGGCCCUCCUGGCCCUGCCGCCACUGCUGCUGCUUCUCUCCACACCCCCCUGCGCCCCCCAGGUCUCCGGGAUCCGGGGAGAUGCUCUGGAGAGGCCUUGCCUUCAGCAACCCCUGGAUUGUGAUGACAUCUACGCCCAGGGUUACCAGGUGGAUGGCGUGUACCUCAUCUACCCGUCGGGCCCCAGCGUGCCCGUGCCAGUCUUCUGUGACAUGACCACUGAGGGCGGAAAGUGGACGGUUUUCCAGAAGAGAUUCAAUGGCUCAGUGAGUUUCUUCCGGGGCUGGAAAGACUACAAGCUGGGCUUUGGCCGUGCUGACGGGGAGUACUGGCUGGGGCUGCAGAACGUGCACCUCUUGACGCUGAAGCAGAAGUAUGAGCUGCGGGUGGACUUGGAGGACUUUGAGAACAACACGGCCUACGCCAAGUACGUUGAAUUCUCCAUCUCCCCCAACGCAGUCAGCGCUGAGGAGGACGGCUACACCCUCUACGUGGCAGGCUUUGAGGACGGCGGGGCAGGCGACUCCCUGUCCUACCACAGCGGCCAGAAGUUCUCCACCUUUGACCGGGACCAAGACCUCUUUGUGCAGAACUGCGCAGCCCUCUCCUCAGGAGCCUUCUGGUUCCGCAGUUGCCACUUCGCCAACCUCAACGGCUUCUACCUGGGCGGCUCCCACCUGUCCUAUGCCAACGGCAUCAACUGGGCCCAGUGGAAGGGCUUCUACUAUUCCCUCAAGCGCACUGAGAUGAAAAUCCGCCGGGCCUGAGGGGCUGGCCCCGUCAUGCCCCAUGGCUCCCCUGGCUGCUCGGGCUCCACGAGUGCUCCCUCUGCCGCCCCUGCCCCCCAGGGCCCCUGAGCACCCACUUCUCACAGGGGACCAUGUGGCUCUCAGCCAUGGCUGAUCCCGGCUGCGCACCCAGGGCGUCCACCUCUAAGCCAAGCCCUGCUCCCCUCUACCUGAGGCUGUGCCACAGCAGCUCCCAAGCCUUUUCUCUGAGGCACAGCUGUCCCAGGCCGGACUUGGCUGGGCUCCACGAGACUGACUGCCUCCGCCCUGUCCCAACAGCUGAGAGCCAGCAGCCGCCCUCCCAGCUGCAGGCUUUUGUGUCCACCUCAACCAGCUCCCUUACUGUGGACCCCUCAGUCUGGGGCCACCCUCGCAUGCUAGACUGAGCGGUGCACACAACAUAUGCCAGGCCACUCUUGAGUGGCCACUGCUGCCACCAAACUCCCGCACUCCCUUUGGCUGUUCUCAGUAUUUCUCAUCCUUGGCCUCCCUCCCACCAACUUACUCCCCAGUGCUGAGCACCGUGGACCCCAGCCCCACCUCACUAUCAUACUCAGCUUCCCCCACCUGCCUGUCCCAGCCCCUCAAAGCCCAAUGCCAAACGGUAUUCACCACAGCUACUGCAUGCCACCCUGCAACAGCCACAGCCAAGGUAGGCACAGAUACAAGGUCUCCUCCCCACCCAGGGGUUGAGGUUUGGCCAUGUGAGGGGACAGAGAACAAUCUCUGUGGGGCUCGGGGUGGGGGGGGUGGAUGUCUCAAUAAACCUUCAGGACCUGAACAAACUGGCUUGGUACACACAAAAGUAUUUGCUUGGCACCCAAAUGUGGGUACCUGGCUCCUCCUUGUUCCCCUGCUGAUGCUGUCCUGCCCCCAACUUCAAAAAUGACACCUGGGGUCAGGCACUAAAGGGAACCUUGUAUUUCACAGGCCUUCUUUUGAUGGCAAAAAGACUGUAUAAUAAUAUUAUAAUAGUAAUAAU